AUGUCUAUAAAAUCAGAAGAUUCUUUUUCCAAAGAAACCAGAAAAUUACGCAAAAAGAAGCUUUGGACGGAAAACGAACCUGUUGAUUUUCAUCAAGGCAAUAGGCGUCACAAAACUGAACAAAAUAGGCGGAGAAUGUCAACACGCUCUUCUUCUUCUUCCUUAUUGUUCUCUCCAACAAUCUCUUAUGCAUCCGUUGUAGCAACUGGUUCCAAAAAUGAAAAAGGAAAGGCAAAGGCUAUAUCAGAUAAUCCUGGUCAAGACAUGGAAGUUCCUUCUUCUCCUAUUCCUCAACCAAAUUCUAUUGAAGAUCAUUCUGAUGACUCUAUUGAUGGCUAUGAUACUGACGAAUUAUUGGAAAAGAUAGAAAAACUUACACCAUUACAACCACUGACAACAACUAGUUCAGUGACGCGUUCAAAAACAAAAUCCAAAAGGAGAAACAGACGUACUGGUGGUAACACAAAAGUCAAUCAAAAACGUCGACAACCCAAAGUAACACCUGCUCCUCCUCAAUACAAUCAUGAACGUACAGAAGACCUUAAAUCAAGAAAUCCUGAUACCUAUUGGAAAUACCAUGCAGACAACAGUAAUAUGAUUGGUACAGUGAACGAAGAUAUGCCCAUUACUGCAAUACAUUCAUUGGAUGAUCAAGGUCCUGUACUUGGUAUGGCAUUAUCACAAGAUGGUUUACUUUUAGCUACUUUUUGUACAUUGGGUUCUGUCAAGAUUUGGGAUAUACAAGAUGAAUUUCGACUUUUACGUAAACUUCGAGAUACUAGUGAAGAUAAUAUUGAUGAAUUCUUUUGUGGUAUAUUUCAAGAUCAAUUCAUUUUGGCCGGUGGAAAACUCAAGGAUAGACAUCGAUGGUCUAGUGAAGAUGAUGAUUGUCAUAUCUUACCUUGUCCCAUCAAGAUCUUUGAUCUUGAACAUGGAACGGUAAUUAGUCGUCUGGAAGGUCAUUCAGAAGAAAUUCUUUGUAUCAAGUCACUGAAAUUUGAUCAACAAAACUAUUAUAUUACUACUAGUCAAGAUGGUUACAUUUUUAAAUGGCACGUUGAUUCUGAUUGGAAGACAUUGAUCCAAUCGACACGGAUGGAAGAUGGUAUUACUUGCAUGGCAUUUACCGUUAGUUUUAUACCGCAUACUGGAAACAAGUAUUUUUUGGGAGCUUGUGAUGCUCAUAUCCGACUUUAUGAUUUUGAAGAAGCUCAGUUACUACAAACUUUUGAAGGAAUCUAUUCAUCUUAUUGCGAUUGUGGAAAAUUUGUGAAAUGGCUAGAUCAAGAUUUAUUUAUGAAACAACAAACAUCAGAAUUAGUUGAAGGAAAACCUAUUGAAUCACAUCAUGAUGAUGAUUGUGACUUGAUUGAUAUUGAAGAAAAUGAACCUGAUUUUCCGGUAAAACUUCCGCCUCCUGCCUACUUUAUUAGCCGUGGUGCCGAAAUGAUUGAUGAUGGAGAAGUCGCAAGUACUCCCAAUACAUGUACUUUACAUAGAUUGAUCUAUCCCAAAAAAACUGGUGAAUUAUUUAAAUUGGAAGAAGUACAUCGAUUCAAGAAUGAAAACUAUCAUUCCAAUUCUUGGUUAGUAAAAGUAGCAUCCAACGGUCGAUAUCUAUUUGCACCUACUAUGUAUGGCCAAUUAUUCAUAUUCAAUAUGAUGACAUGUCAAUUAACAGCUGUUAUCAAAGAACAUGAAGAUUCGGAAGUACGAGAUAUUCUUAUUCAUCCUUAUUUUCCAUUGGUAUUUUCUUGUGGUGAUGAUGGAGCAACUAAAGUAUAUAGUUACGAAAUUGAAGAUGGUGUCACCAAUGACUAG